AUCGUUUCAUUGCAAAACACUUUCUCAAACCUCGAAGCGUGUGAAAGAGCGAAAAACCAAGGGGAGAUCAAUGGCUCGCACGAAGCAGACGGCCAGGAAAUCGACGGGAGGGAAGGCUCCACGUAAGCAGCUGGCGACGAAGGCGGCGAGGAAAUCGGCUCCAGCGACGGGAGGCGUGAAGAAGCCGCACCGAUUCAGGCCAGGGACAGUGGCCCUGAGAGAGAUCCGAAAGUAUCAGAAGAGCACAGAGCUUCUGAUAAGGAAGCUGCCUUUCCAGAGGCUCGUCCGUGAGAUAGCUCAGGACUUCAAGACAGAUCUGAGGUUCCAGAGCAGUGCUGUCGCUGCCCUCCAAGAGGCAUCCGAAGCCUACUUAGUAGGCCUCUUCGAAGACACCAAUCUCUGCGCCAUUCAUGCCAAGAGGGUCACCAUCAUGCCUAAGGACAUUCAGCUCGCCCGUAGGAUCCGUGGUGAGAGGGCUUAGAUGAUUAACGGUUGUGAUUUCUCCAAAGCUUCUGAAAUUUUUAGGGUUUUCUUAGUUUUUAUCCCCUUUUUCUUUGUUACAUCUUGUGGCAGUGUUGGAUGUGGAUGUAGAUGCGUUCUUCUUUCGUAACCCCUUUUGAAAUUUACGGUGAAAUGGAUUAUUCAAGUGUUAGGCGCC